CAACAUUCUCUCAUGGAGUCUCUAACAUCAAAUCCUUCCUUCGCCUGUUUCUCGAAAAGCUUAUCUCGUUACCCUUCUCGUCUUUCCUUCGUUAAGCUAACUUCUAUCCACAACUUGGAAGCUCCCAACACCAUCUCGUUAUGCUGUAAGUCGUCAUCAUCCCCUUUGGGUUCCUGGUAUCCUAAACCUGAUUGCAAUGCUAACAAUCGCCGAAUCCGGUUAAACCCUCUUUGCGUAUUGCGCCCAAUCAUUCGAACGAUUAAAGGGUUGGUUUCGUCUCAAUCCCGGCUAUGGAUGUCGCGUUUUCGAGCUUACAGAGACGAUACGGCGGCGUUUUCGGAGAAUUUUGCCGGAGAUUUGAAGCACAACGGCGGAUUGGGGAUUGCCCUUUUGAGCGUCACGGCGUCUGCUAAGGUUAAGAUUAGCCCUUUCGUGGCGACGCUCUCGGCGAAUCCGACGUUCGUCUCGGCUGUGUUCGCGUGGUUCUUCGCGCAAUCGAGUAAAAUGGUUAUCAAUUUCUUCAUCGAGAGGAAAUGGGACUUUCGUCUACUGUAUGCUUCCGGUGGAAUGCCUUCGUCGCACUCGGCUCUGUGUAUGGCUUUGACGACCUCUGUGGCGCUUUGCCAUGGAGUAGCAGAUUCCUUGUUUCCUGUUUGUUUAGGGUUUAGCUUGAUUGUGAUGUAUGAUGCAAUCGGCGUUAGACGCCAUGCCGGUAUGCAAGCUGAGGUUCUGAACUUGAUCAUAAGGGACUUGUUCGAAGGACAUCCCAUCAGUCAAAGAAAGCUAAAGGAAUUGCUUGGUCACACUCCGUCGCAGGUUCUUGCUGGAGCAGUCGUUGGUAUUGUGAUCGCUUGCUUCUGUUGCCAAGGCUAUCUCGUCUCAGCCUAA